AUGACCAAGCCCUACCGCACAGCUUUGUCGCUUCUCCUUGUAUGCCUAUCGUUUCUUCUUGCUAGCAAAGGAGUCUAUUCCUUUAUAGUGCCGAGAAAUGGUGCUUUGAGAGAAACGCGUUCUCUUUUCACUUCAUUUCAAUUUGAAGACGAGUCUCCUGAAGAGCCGACAAGCAAUAGACAAGCAGAAUUUCAGAACCUCGAGCCCGUUCAAGAAUCUUCCAUCCGAAUGGAACGAAAACGAAAAGAUAAGGAAACAGGCAAGAAAUUUGUUUCAUACGGUGAUGACCUAUGGCGAUUGAGGUCUGUAAUGAACAAACUUAGUCGACGACUAUUGGACGCGAUUAGUGAUGGUACACCUGAAGUGGAAGACAAAGUUCGUUCACAGCUUCGGGAGAUAGAGCAACAGGAUCCUGAACUGGUGUACGAGAUGGAACUCAAAGAUUUGCAGCUCGCAAAGGCAACCGGAAAGACAGAUGACGCUGAACGACACGGUGAGAAUGCGAUGGAGGCAAGGGGCUGCAUUCCGGCUUUCAAUCUAGAGGGACUUUGGGUGGGAAAGUACGGACAUCACGGCUACGAAAUGAUCAAUGUCACAUAUCAAGGAGAUCAACUUAUUGCAUACAAGGUAACAGGAGACAAGAAUGUACCAAAAGGAGAAAUAACAUUCCAAGUCGAUUUGAGCCCAAUCAAACCUAAAGCCAUUGGCAGUGGCAAGAUGGAUAUGCCGCUUCAACCAAUAAGUUUGACAGAAAAGGCUGCAAAGAAGUGGGGAACAAAACAAUUACCGAGAUAUAGAGGCCUUGGACAUGUUGCCGAGCCUAGGUUUUCCAAUGGGCAGUGGAUGGAAGGCCAGUUGAUACUGAUCUCGCAAGAGUAUUUCUCCUUUGCCUGGAUCCCGAUUGAAACACAAAUCUUUUUUGGCAGGCCAAGUCCAGAGCUUGCGCUGAAAAUGCUUCGAGAGAAUGGAGUUUCUGCAAGCGGUGGACUAAAGGCAUGGGAAUCGCCACCACCCAUUGAUGCAGAUGUCGAGGUCCUGAAAGAAUUCGCUGCUACCUGUCUAGAUCUGACAACAGAAGAUGCCGAGGAAAGCUUGGAAGGUGGUGCUUUCUCGUGCAUUUGGCAUGGAGUCGACACUGAAGAGUGUUCGUUCCAGUAG